UUGAGACGGAAAGCCAACUAUGAUUAGCCUUCAAAAUGGUGUAGCGGUGCUUUGUGUUGCUGUUUGACUUAUUCAACUUCAGAGUUGUUGGAGGCUAGUGAUAAUAAUAUUAACUGCAACAGUAGUAAUUUUAAAUAUCGGGAUUUAGAAGAACAUGAAUAUUUUACCGAAGAAGAGCUGGCAUGUUCGAAACAAGGACAACAUAGCGCGCGUCCGCCGGGAUGAAGCGCGAGCGGCAGAGGAGGAGCGCGAGGUGCAGAGGCGAGUGGAGCGCGCGGAGCAAGAGGCACGCACACAGUACCUGCGGCAGAAGGCGCGCGCGUCGCUGCGCGGAGAGGGAGGCCUGGAGGCGCGCGGCGCCGUGGAGGAGCACAGGAGCGCGCACGCGCAUCUGAACCUGUUCCCGGUGGAGGAGGCGUCUCAGAGGAAAGGCAACGAGGAAUAUCUCAAAGAGAAGAAAGAGGAGAAGGAGCGUCAGGAGCGCGCUAUUGGUCUGCUGGUGUCUCUUGGUCCGGCCCCAGGAACUGAGUCAACGCCGUGGUACCUGAAAGAUGGCGCAAGCAGAGGCGGAAAAGAUGACGACAGAGAUAAAAAGGGAAAAGACAAAAGCAGAAUAUAUCCUGAGGAUGAGAAACAGAAAAAAGACAAGAGACUGAAGGACAGUUUGGAUCCCUUAAAAGAGAUUAAGAAAGCACUGGCAAUCAAAGACAGCAAGGAGAAAAAGAAGAGCAAGAAGAAAGAGAAAAUGGAACGAGAGGAGAAGAAAAGUACACCAAGUUCCAUAGAGAAAUUGCGAGCGGAACGACUACAGCGGGAAGCUGAGGAAAGGAAAAAAGCCCAAGCUGUACUGGAACAGAGGAGUGGUGCCAACAGAGAGAAAGAACAAUAUAGCGAUGUCCAGGAGAGGGACAGACCUUACAAUAGUGCCUAUUUUCCAGAGCUUGCGCGUAAGAGACAGCGGAGAGAGAGAGAUUAUUAUGGUCUAUGAAUUAGACUCGUUUGUUACUUUUGGACAAUCUGUACAAAACUUUGAGAAAUAAGAGGCAUCCUGAAGCAUUUGUAACUAUAGCUGUGGAUAAAAUAUCAGCCUUGAAGCAUUUUUAUGUUUUUAAGGCUGUUUCAUGUGAUUGAUGAAGUUACAAGUUAAAAAUUUAGUGUAUGCUGUCUUGUUGCAUCUUAUUGUAACAAAAAUGACUUCUGUAUAUUUGUUCCUUCUCUAGACAAGUUGGUUUUUAUUAAAUGUGUUUUGAACAGAAAGUCACUUUUGAGCAAACUGGCCUGUUACCGGAUCAUACUACCUAGAAUAUUCUGCAAGUGGUUAACUGAAGACUAAACCUAUAUCUUUAACAAUGUUUCAUACAUUUUUGUUAAUAUUACAAAACAGAAAAUGAGUAAAUGACCAGGAGUUAUACAUCUACAUGACAUAAAUAUAGAGAAUGUGUAGUAUACAGAUCUGUGUACAGAUAGUUAACGUGGAAUACGAAAUGUAACAGCAAAAAUUGUCAUUGCUGUUUACACUUUAUAAUUUCCCUUUUAAGCAUACAGUGAGAUUAUAUAUUUCUAAUAUGUUUGAACCAUGUGGCUGCUUCUGAUUAGUGCCGUUGUGUGUAAAUAUAAGUGACGUGUGAUAUCCUUGAGUCUUAAGGUGAUAAUUUAUUGUGAUUGCGGAAUAGCUACCAAGUAAUAAAAUAACACUUAAAAAAAAUGGUCAUAAAUUGGAAAUGAGCAAACAAAGUAUCAGUGAUGGAAGUGAGUAUUACAACAGUAGCACAGGAUGAGUAGUAAAGGUAUACAUUCAUUGUCAUAUUGCAAUAAUGCAAUUCAAAAAUAUUAAACUAUAU